AUGGUGGCGAAGCUUUCUAUUUUCGGUUCAAUUGUGGAGACUUGGGGGAGCUUUUCUCCUCUGGAGAAGAGAAAUAUGGCUAUAUACAUGGCUGGAAUCAUGCUCUAUAAGUUCGGGCUUGAAGCAUUCAAUGGCUCUAUUGUUGCCCUCGCCACCAACAGGUACGAUUACGAAGCUCUCCGAAACAAGUCUCCUGCUAGGACAUUCGAACGUGUUGGCCUUCUGACGGGUUUAAACCAAGCAUUUCAAUGCGUUGGCUCCAUUCUAAUUGCUCCACUGAUCAAGAGAUUUCAAACCAAAAAUGUUCUCUCGGCUUCGAUGUUUGUGUUCGGUAUUCUCAGCGCAAUACUUCUCAUAAUUGAUGCCGCGACAGGCGGUACAUUCGUCCCAGCCAGCUUCCGAAAAAAGCAUCCAAAGAACGAUUUCCACUAUUAUGGAAAUUAUAAUACUGAUGGAAUGAUUCCGAUAUACUCCAUCACGGGAAUUGCGUAUGGUAUGGUGGAAUUGAUUCGACGGGUUAUUCCAUGUGACAUAGUUGGAGGAAAUGUCCACAAGCUCCGUCGAAUGGAUGCUCUGAUUCAUAUCUUUUAUGAAAUAUCUGGCACCGUUGGUACGUUCUGUACGGCCCUAGCACUAAUUCCUCGGUUUGGGAAUAAUUUUGCAUUCCUGGUUACUCCCAUAUUUUUUCUGCUUGCGUCCAUUAUAUGGUUCUUCAUUGCCGUGCCUGGAUUUUACUCUACGAAACCAGAUGUGCUUGAAGAGGAACCAACAUACGUAAGAUCUGCAUUAGGGGGGUUUUGGCUGUUCAGCGAAUCAGUUUGGACGGGCGCGAAGAUUCUUUUUACAAAGCGCAAAUUCAUCUGGCUGCUUCCGGGAUAUGCUAUCGCUUUAUAUGGGCAUCGGUACCUAGAGAAUGGCCUUGCUCCUGCUGUUGCGCGCCGAUAUCUGGGGAACUCGGCGUGGUCGCAAAUCAUGGUGGGCGGUUCUAAUUUUGGCGAACUCCUAGGUGCCCUAAGCGUGUUUCUCUUUACCAAUUCAAUCGAAACGCCGAUACCCUGGCUUCGACUUGACUCGCUUAUGUUACUCAUUGUCUGGUAUCUGCCAUUUUGGCGGCCACCGCAGCUCGAUGUUCGACAAGCUUGGAUAGUCGCUGCGACUUUCAUUCCCAUCUCGUUUGGAUGGGCCGCUGGAGAUGUCUCUCUUGCUGCAUAUAUUCAGACCUCGUUAGCUCGUACCGAAGCUCAAUCUCGGAAUGUCUCGGCCCUUGGUGCGGUCAUGGCAUUCCUUUACUCUAUAUAUAUCGUGACGUAUGCCAUCACCUCCCCACUGCUCGGGCAGUACAUCGACAACGUGUUCGAAGCCACCGGGGGUGUUGAUGGUGGAGGAAAUAUAUAUCAAGCUAUUCAGAAUGUGGGUGGGGUGCAAUUCACUAUAAUAUUUGUUCUGGUCAUGACCGCGACGUUUAUUCCAAGUGGUGCGCUCGCCUUGAACCCGAAAAUGCUCUUCAACCAAAAGCUAGACACAGAGCUGGAGGAGGAAGAAAACUCCGUGGAAUUGAAAUACGUCCAAAUGCAGGCUAAGACAUAG